AUGGUAAACCAUUUUGCUUCUCAAUUUGUGCCGACUGAGGAGGAACAGCAAGUACUGGUGGUUGAGGGAGGUAAUGUUGGCCUGCUUCGAACUACAAAGUUUGUCCUAGUAGGCAAAGUGCUCACGAAGAAACCUUUCAACAAGGAGGCGUUUAAGCGCGCUAUGGAGACACUAUGGAGACCAAAGGCAUGGGUGGAGAUUGUGACCUUGGAGGAUUAUUUGUUCAUGUUUGCUUUCUCCUCACGACAAGACAGAGCGAGAAUUCUAGGCGGGGGUCCUUGGGCCUUCAACCACUAUUUGCUGGUGAUUAGUGAAGCGGAUGACGUGGUUCGUGGGCUUCCAUUAGUUUACAUGACGAGAGCUAUGGGAAAAGAGAUAGGGACUGCAGUGGGUGACUUUGUAGUCGCUGAUCAAAGGAAAAGGAGUGAUUGCUAUGGAAGUUAUCUGUGCAUCAGAGUAGGCAUUGACAUCUCAAAGCCACGUAGGAGGUGUAUGCCAGUGCGACUCCCUGGAGGACAAACCACAAGUCAGUGGGUGGACCUACGCUAUGAGAACCUUCCACACACCUGCUAUCUUUGUGGUCAGUUUGAUCAUAUUGCUCACGUGAAAUGA